AUGUUCUGUGGCCCCCGGGGUGUCACAUGGCACACGGAUGCAGACGAGGCCCAGAAAGAAGCCGCCUCCGUGGACAUUGGCUCUUGGGCCCAGCCGCCACCCAGGCCCACGGAUCAGAAGGAGCUGAGCUUCGCCGACCAGGUGCCUAUGGCCCUGAGGCUUAGCUUGGCUCACACGGUGGCAACACAGCCUUUCGACGAGGUGCAGUUUGCCGACAAGGAGGCGGGGGACAGACCCCACCUCAGGGAUGACUGGCAACCAAGCCAGGAGACAAGGGCUUUCCAUCCCCAGCUGGCGGCGGCGAUGGACAUCACCAAGAAGAGCUCGGGCCCGGUGGACAAGCAGCCCAAGAAGCCCACGGAGGAGGAGUUCUUGGAUCACAUCAACCCCCAGCUGGAUGUGAUCGUGGAGAUGCAGGCGGGCGCACAGAGUGUCGAGGAGGCAAAGGGUGCGUCAAUCCUCCGGCAGCUGGAUACAGAGAAGCUUCGCUCCCUUCUUAAGCGAAAUUACCUCCAGGGCCCUGGGAAUCAGGGAGACGAGUUUGUUGCUGCGCAGACUAGCCUGGAAGAGGCCAAGGCCUCGAACAAGCGCAUGCAGGAUGAGGGAUCCCAGCGCUCCCAGCUCCUCCGGCCGGUGGCGGACUCCAUUGAUACCUGGGGCACCCAGCUGCGCGCGGCCCUGGAGAUGAACGUGUUCAACCCGGAGUGCCCGCUCAAGGAUAUGGAGCUUGAUGACAUCGAGGCCCUUAGGGAAAGGUACUUGAACACGAAGUUCCUGCUAAACCAGAGCAGGAAUCCGUUCCCUGCCUCUCUUCUGCAAGAGCUUCCCACUUUGGCCGCUCUGCAGCGUGAGGGCGAGCGGGUCGCCCGGGACUCCGGCGAGGGGCUGUCUUCCACAGGCGCCUUUGGCCCUGAGGAGCAGUCCCCGGAGGCAUUCUUGGGUGUUCCAGUGGGCUCGGUCGAGUUCCAGAUGCUUCGCCUCAAACGUAUCAUCGAGCUGCACAUGGGGGAGCAGCGCAUGAUCGGGGGCAGAUGGAAGCAGCACCCGGGGUUGCAAUGGGCACGAGGGGGACGGGAACACCCACUGGAGAAAGGAGGUGCAGACGUGGGCCUCUUCUCCUGCUUCGGCCACACCUACUCGGCCAGGCACCUUUACGCGGUGUGGAGCCACCUGCCGAUCACCGUCAGGCCCCACAAGAGAGGGGCCAAGAACAAGCAGCAGAACCUGCAGCGACGAGACGACCACCGUGAUUUGAUGAAGGAGGCCAAGGAGUUUGUGAUUCUGCACGACCUCCCGGUGCCCACGACAAACCAGGAGUGGAAGCAGCUCUACCGCGAAAUCGGCUCCUUUUUCGCUGCCAAGGUCUUCAUCAACCGUACGCCGCAGGUGGUCUUGGAUCUCCCUGUUUCGGACAUCCAUGACUCCAAGCAGCACAUGCGAUUGAGAGCCGUAUGUGACGAAAGGAUCACCCUUCCUUUGAAGGCCUUCCGGCACUUCCCGGAGAUCUACAACUUGCUCUCCAACUCGUUGGGUCAAGAGUCGGUGGUGGAGGUCAAGAUGGCGUGGCGCUGCAACACCGUGCAGCGGUGGACAGCCCGCCUCAAGCCGGAGUACGCCGGCCCCAUCUACCGCAAGCUUGGCUACUCGGAGAGCCACAUCAAAGGCCUCGGCUUGGGGGACAGGGACACCUCAGCUGCCUUUGGCGCUGAAAGGAUUCCCCUGGACCCGGGGUCGGAGCAGGAGCGCUCCCUCCCGCCCAUCACCCCGGACAAUGUCACGAGCGUGGCCUCGGACGACUACAAGAAGAAGAACGUGGGGGACAAGACGGCCCACGUGUUCUGGGCCAAGAUGGAGUGUGGCCUGGUCCUCAGCUCCGUCUCUCCGUGGGAGAUUGUGGACAAGAAGAAGGGCGAGACCCGGGGGCUACGUUUGCCGCCACUGCAAGGGGUUUUGGCGCAGUGGCAGAGGUGCCAGCAGCACCGAGGGAAGUCCGCGCAGCUCCAGCUCAUCCUGGACGAGCCCCCCCUGCACCUCUACGAGUCCUGGGUCAAGGACCGGAUCGAGUUCUACAAGAAGGUGGAGCCCACGGCGGCCCCCCGUGAUCGCUCCCUCCGGGUCAACCCGAGCCUCAGCUCCAGGCUCCGGUUCAGCAAGACGAACCUCAUGGGCCAGGUUUCCGACAUGAUCUGGUCGGUGGUGCUCUCCAACCCGGAGCGGGAUGGCCUCAAGAAGAUCCACGAGCUUGCGGCAUCCCGGGUCCGCCCGGCCUGA